ACAACUGCAUCCACCGGUUUUUGGACUAUAAACUGGCUGUUUGGUAAUAUUGUGGUGGCUGCAGUUGACAUAGAUAUUACCGCUCAAGAUAUCAUCCCAAGAAUACCUAAUACUGCAUAUACCAGUCGCUUGAUGGUAAAUGCAACACCGGUUGUAGUUGGAGUAUUUACCAACUUGACAACAAUUUUAACAAUCAAAGAAGUGAGAUUAUCCGAUACAUUUGCAAUCAGGGCGGAAAUAAAUGGUGCUCUUACUCCUAACCCAGACUCAAGAAUGUUAUCUGUUAAAGAAUGCAAUGAUACAUACCAAGGGCUUACUCCAUCCAACAAUGCAAACUACAUGGGUACAGCUACUUUUAAAUGUAUUGGCGCAAAUACAGUCAGUGUUCUCGGAACAUGUCAAGCUAAUGCAACUUGGAGUAUUAGUGGAACCUGUCCACCAGUGCAAUGCAACACCACAGCAGCAACUGAUUCAGCAAACGGGAUUAUUUUAACCAACUCAGCAUUGCUUAACACACUGGUUAAUGUUGGAGCCAUAGUAAAUGUUGGUUGUGGUGAUGGGUUUAAUGGGACAGGUGGUAGUCGUACUUGUCAAGCUGAUGGAACAUGGUCGGCUUCAAUAACAUGUGCAAGUAAGUGUUGUUUUUAUUUUGUAAUAAAAGUAUCAAAAUAUAAAAUGUAAAAGAGAAAUAGAAAU